GCGGCCAGCGCCCGAAGGACCAACGACACGCGAGCGGCCGCGCCCCGCGCUCUGCCCCCACCCCCCGGGGCCGCGUCGUUCGCGCGCCGCCCUGCUCUGCAUGGCACAAACUUUCAUCCCGGGACGCAGCACGCUGUCUCCGGGAGCCCGCGCCACGGUCUCCGCCACUAGUCCCCUAAGCUGUCGAAAUGGGUUGUAGCCUGAACAAGUUGGAGAAGCGUGAAGAGAAGCGGCCUGGGAACAUUUACUCAACUCUGAAGAGACCUCAGGUGGAGACCAAGGUAGAUGUGACCUAUGAAUACCGCUUUCUGGAGUUCACCACGCUGACUGCCGCGGAGCUGCCGAGGUCCUCAGCCGUGAGGUUAGCCUCUCUGCGGGACCUGCCUGCCCAGCUCCUGGAGCUGUACCAGCAAGGCUUCUCGCUGGCCGUCCUGCACCCUUUUGUGCAGCCAACACACCGGCAAGAGAAGACACUCCUCGAGCACAUCUUCAGGGCCAUCCUGGUCAAGAAAACCAACAGGUCUCAAAAGGCCGAGCUUCCCAAUGAAGGCUACGUCUUGGAAUUGGAUUACUGCUCCUCCUUACAACACCUGACAGACCAGAAGCUCAUCUCAGAGUUCAUUAAGAAGGUGCAGGAGGCCGCGAGUCGGGGCUUGAAGUUCGUUAGUGUGAUACCUCAGUACCAGUCCUCUGUGAACUCGGCCACCGGCAGCCGUUUCCUGCCUGUUGCCAACAGUGUUGCCGAUGCCAAGGAUGUGAAACAGGCCUUUGGGGACCAUGCAUCCUUGGAAAAUGAUACCCCAAAGGCUGAAGUUGUGGAUGCUGCCACUGCAGGGGUGAACCGAAGACUGGAGCCCAAUGCAGGAUCCGCAGGGGAGGUGCCCCCUACCCAGCAGACAGGCAUCGCCUCUCCCUCUGAAGAGAUAGAGGCCGGUGAGAUUCCUCUGCGGCGGUUGAGUCCAGCCCUGGAAGGACCGGAGGGUGAGCCCUCAAAUGGGCAUGCAGAGCAGCUCUCGAGGAAAAUGGAGAUCUUCGCCUUUUUCAACAGACCGAAGAGCCAGCAGAAGUGUCGGCAGUACUACCCCGUCACCAUCCCCCUCCAGGUCUCCAAAAAUGGCCAAACAGUGAGCAGUCUGGAUGCCAGCUGGCUGGAGCACAUGAGUGACCAUUUCCGGAAAGGCGGCGUGCUUGUGAACGCCGUCUUCCAGCUUGCAAUGGCCAAUGAUUCCUUCCAUGGCCUAACAGAUGGAGUAUUCAUCUUUGAAGCGGUUUCCACAGAAGAUGGCAAAACCACGCAGGGCUAUGACGCUAUUGUUGUGGAACAAUGGACAAUCCUGGAAGGUGCGGAGGUGCAGACAGACUACAUGCCCCUGCUGAACUCACUGGCGGCCUACGGAUGGCAGCUCACCUGUGUGCUACCAACUCCCAUACUCAAGACAACCAGGGAAGGGAACCUGUCCACCAAGCAGAUUGUGUUUCUUCAGAGACCAUGUCUACCUCAGAAAACCAAGAAGAGGGAAUCCAAGUUCCACUGGCGAUUCUCCCGGGAAGAGAGCCACAGCAGGCAGUCAAGAAAAUCCAAGAGUAAACUCGGCACCAGAAACAAGCAGCAAGCAGAAGAGACUGAGAAGAAUCCAGAAGACCAGUUUCCCAAGGCUGGAGAUGUGGAAAACUGUGUGCUGGAGACCCGGCAGUGGGGCGGAGCCUCUGAGGUCAGGGAGCAAAGGCAGGGCUCCGGGGCUGUGCAGAAUGGUCCUGCUGGCCACAACAGGGACUCUGUGGGCCCCAGGCACUCCAAUCCCAGAGUGGAGGCUGAGCUUGCUGCAGGGCCUGUACCAGCAGAGGCAAAUUGAGUCCGUGAUUUGUGCUAGGCCUGAGGUGUGAUGGCAAACCUUGGGAAGCUUGCUCACAGCUGGUUUGUUCUGUGUUACCUUUUGGCUUAACCUCCCGUUGUUAGCUCAAUGGGCCCUGUUGGGGCCGGUCUCUGAUAGUGUUCUCUGCACAUCCACUGGAAAGCUGUCUUAAUGACCCACUUGUGUGAGAGUGCAAGGUUGGGCUGUUCCUUUUUAGACCUCAGGGCUGGAGGCCUGGCUCUGGUCCCACCACUUUCCCAGGCCAUGGGCCAUACAGUGCCUGUACUGCCAUGGCCAUAGAGCUCAAGGGCAUUCUGGGUCAAAUUCUGGGACACCCUUUGCCACACACCAGGGUUCUCCCACUCACUCCUACAUGCUGUCACAUUCAGCAAGUACUCGGUGGCUUUCACCCUGCAGCUUGCAGGCUGCCCUUCUCCACCUGAACCCCGAAUACCCUGCUGUUAUGGAAGGCAACCAUGCUGGAGAAGGGGAGGUCCCCAAGCCCCCUGCCUUUCUCAAAGUAGUUCUAUAGAUACCGAUGACGUGGAGACAGACAGGUAAUUCCCUAAGCCCUUGCUCUUGCAGAAUGUUCAAGAAAAGUGUUCUGUGUUAAUAACAAUGCCAAAAAUAUAUUGUUUUAAAAUUCUGUCUUCAGCACAGGUAUGAAUAUGUCUGUCAUUGUGGCAGUAGGUGGUUGGGUGGCCUUGUGUGCUGUUUUUUGUUGCUGUGUCAUUGACUGAGGUGUGUGCUGUGCCUGUCACAUGUUUAGACUGUCCAUAAAGUUGUUGUUAAAGGCUUUAAGUAGAAGAAGCAUCUGGCAAACCUUGGAGCGAGAACACCAGUUGUCUCGAUGGAAACAGCCUGUCUCUUUCUUGUUUAGUUACUUAAAGCAAUAAAUCACCUGAGUUUAGUGUGUGGCAAGAAAUGAGUAUUUACCGUGUCACAACAGAGGUCCUGGCCUGGUAUAGAAGCACCCGACUCCCUCGCCCCCUGGGGACGAUAACGUUUUCUACCUCCUGGCAGUGUGGUAGAUGUGGCAAACAGCAGAGCUACCUAAGCCGCCAGGGUCUCAAGCUUUAGUAAAAAAAAAAAAAAGAAGCGGAAAGUGAACUCAGAUGCCGUCAGGUGAGUAAGAGGACACAAGUUGAUUCCGAAGUGUGGUUUUUAAGAUUUCACAUAAGUUAUUUAAUGAAGAAAAUCUAACGAACUUGGAAAUCCUGUAAACCCGUGUAGUGGGCGGAACUGCAAAGCCUUGUGCAGACAUAUCUUUUUUUAAAAGAUUUUUUUGUUUUAAUUUUCAUUUUACGUGUUUGGUGUUUUGCCUGCAUGUAUGUCUGCACCAGCUGUGUGCCUGAAGCCUGCUGAGGUCAGAAAAGGGUGUCAGAUGCCACAGCUGGGGUUACAGAUGGUUGGGAGCUUCCCAAACUGGAAGGCUCUGGUUACAUGUUUCGAUAAGUAACAUUUAUGUUUUAUUUCCUGUGGGGGACUUUUGAAAAAUUCUUUAUGGAUAUUGUUCCAGUAUGCAGCCAACAGAUGAUACUGGGAUUUCAUCAGGGGGUUUGUUUCUUUUCUUCUCCCUUUUCUAGAGUGUCACUUUAUUUGGAAGUUUUCAAAUUAGCUAUGCUUUGGAAAAACUGAGGCAGUUAACAAAAAAAAAAAAAACAUAUAAAUGCAUUGUGCUUUGUAUGUGAAUAUCAUUAUGUAGUCCAUUGUUACUAAAAUAUGAUUAUGUCGCAAAACAAGAUACAGUGUCGUUCCUUUUCAUCUAUUGACUCCCUGCCUAAUGUAAUUAA